AUUGUUGAUUGCCCAACUGCCAUUGAUCCCUCCACUGUUGAUACCACUCUUCCUCCCACCACUACCAUUCUUCCCUCCACCAGUAUUGCUCUUCCCUCCACCAGUAUUGCUCUUCCCUCCACAAGUAUUGUUUUUCCCUCCACCAGUAUUGCUUUUCCCUCCACCAGUAUUGCUUUUCCCUCCACCAGUAUUGCUUUUCCCUCCACCAGUAUUGCUUUUCCCUCCACCAGUAUUGCUCUUCCCUCCACCAGUAUUGCUCUUCCCUCCACAAGUAUUGUUUUUCCCUCCACCAGUAUUGCUUUUCCCUCCACCAGUAUUGCUUUUCCCUCCACCAGUAUUGCUUUUCUCUCCACCAGUAUUGCUUUUCUCUCCACCAGUAUUGCUCUUCCCUCCACCAGUAUUGCUCUUCCCUCCACCAGUAUUGCUCUUCCCUCCACCAGUAUUGCUCUUUCCCCCACCAGUAUUGCUCUUCCCUCCACUAAUAUUGCUUUUCCCUCCACCAGUAUUGCUCUUCCCUCCACCAGUAUUGCUCUUUCCCCCACCAGUAUUGCUCUUCCUUCCACCAGUAUUGUUCUUCCCCCCACCACUACCACUUCUCCUUUCACCAGUGAUUUUUUUACACUCAGUACUAUCAGCAUUACAGCAAGUAUUCCACUCACUAGCGCCUGUGUGACUCCCACCCUUAACAAUAAAGACGAAUGCUUGCAUGAAAAUGGUUAUUGUGAACAUAUAUGUACUGAUACAGAUUGUUCUUAUAACUGUUCUUGUUUUAUGGGAUAUGAAAUAAAUAGGACAAGAUUUUGCUCAGAUAUUGAUGAAUGUAUGAAGAAUAUAUCAAACUGUAAUCAACAAUGCAGCAACACACUGGGCAGCUACACAUGCUAUUGUUACAGUGGGUAUGAACUGGACAGUGAUGAUCACACAUGUAUUGAUAUUGAUGAGUGUGCUGUUGAUAAUGGAGAAUGUGAACAAAAUUGUCACAACACAAAUGGAAGCUAUUAUUGUACUUGUAAAGAUGGCUACACAAUGGAUGACAACAGGAAAAACUGUUCGGACAUUAAUGAGUGUGAUGAUAACAUAUGUGAACAUGAGUGCAGUAACACAAUACCUUUCUAUGACUGCUUUUGCAAUAAUGGCUACAGAUCUUAUGAUAUCAAUUUUUGCAAAGAUAUUGAUGAGUGCAUUGAAGGCAUAUCUGGCUGCAAUCAACUUUGUUCUAAUACUCUUGGUAGCUAUGAAUGUAGCU